AAAGGCAGAAGCCUUACUAUCAAGACGUCUUGCAGUCCUCAAUAAACAGCAGUAAUUUUCAAGAAAAUGUUAAGUCUUUCUCUUUUAGAAAACAGGAAGACUCUUUCGUCUUUAAUUUGUAGGAUGUUUUGGUUUUGUUUGUACCUGGAAAGCUAACAUAUCUCGUACGAGAUACGAUAUGUAAUUUCCAUGGGUCUAAAUAGCCUUUGAGUUAGUAAUACUUUGUUUUAAUUGGCAUUUUUGCUGUCUCAGUUGUGGACAACAAUGAUCUUUUUCUCAGCGCAUUCAUUUCAUCCUUCUUAAAUCUCACGCUGUGUAGAAAAACGUUGUGUAAUAGUUGGCCGCAGUUACCGCAGCAUUUGGAAAUAAUCUGUCGAAAUCGUGGAAAAAUAGGUAGCUAUGGACGACAUGUGUGAGGUAAUACAUUCAAACUCACAGAUGACGAGCGAAUAUGACGCAGAAUAUAUUUGUCCUGUUUGCUGCACUGGGAAAAUGGAGAUGGUUGUGAACAUAAAUCAGCAUAUUAACAGUGACUUUCUUGUGCAGAUAAACUCACCUGUGACUGAUAGUGUAGAAGUCACUGUGUUGAAACAAACAAAUGAGGAAGAAAAUGUUCCAAGUCCACUCAAUUUGCGUAACACUGGCAGCUGUAGAGAAAACAAAACACUUGAAGAAAGACAAAAUGGAAUAGAUUUGUUGUACUGUGGGACACACAACAAUGAUUAUGCUUCAAAAAGAAGUGACAAUUACAGACUGUCACGUAAAUAUCCAAAUGAUACAAUUAGUAAUGGUCGCACUAAUUAUGGGAGUUUCGUUCGGCCUACCAAAGUACAAAAUAGAAGGAAGGUUUCACAACAUCUUACCUGUAAUAUCUGUGGCAAAUAUUUUGCUACCAGACCAGGAUUGUACUUACAUCGCCGAAAGCAUAAAGAAGGAUAUCAGUUUGAAUGUGAUACGUGUUCUAGAAAAUUUAUGGAUAAGCAAACAUUAAAAGAACAUCUCCUAACUCACAUGAUAGUUAAACCUUACCUCUGUCAAACUUGUGGCAAGCAUUUCAGUAGACAUUCUAGACUAAAAAAACAUUUAAUGAAACACAGUCUUGAAACGGUAAGACCUAAACAUUACUUUACAUGCAGUUUUUGUGAAGAAGUGUUUAUAAGUGAAGAAAUAGCAUUGAAACAUGCUAAAAUUGGACAUGGGAAUGUUACAGAACUACAUUUCAGUCAUGGUUUGAUUGAUAGAGUUUUUCUUUGUGAGUACUGUGAACGUUGUUUUGUUAGUCAUCAAGCAUUAAACUGCCACCGAGAAAGUCAUGCACCACUGUUUGUAUUUUCCUGUAUAGUGUGCAGGUCAACAUUUCCAACAUUUUCAAGACUUCAGACUCACAAAAUAGCCCAUUCUUCAGAAAAUGUCACAGACAGCUUUGAGGUGCCUAGUUAUUACGCUUGUACUGCUUGUGAUAAGUCAUAUCUGCAUUGGACAAACCUGACAGUGCACUGGAAACUACAGCAUGAUAAAAUCAAAUAUAUGUAUCAUUGUAAGUUUUGUUCCCUAACAUUUCCUACCUCUUGGACAUUGUCAAAUCACUGUAAACAUGACCAUGCUGACAUGGGACUGAAAGCUUAUAAACGAACAUUCAAAUGCAAAAUUUGUUUUCAACUAUUUAAAAAUGCAUCAGAUAUUAGGACACACAUGGAUCACAGUCAUAACAGUUAUGAGGAGACAAAAUAUCUCUGUGAGACUUGUGGCAAGGUAUUUAAACAGAAGGCAUCAUUAGAACCUCACAUUCGCUCACAUCAAGGACUUAGUCAACACAAAUGCAAGCUUUGUGGAAAAACUUUUGUUCACCAAUCUAGUCUGUCAUCACAUCUUCGGCUGCACAGAGGAGACAAGCGUCACACAUGUAAAUUCUGUGACAAGGCAUUUUUCCAACUAGGAGAUCGAAUUAAUCAUGAACGAAAACACACUGGAGAACGCCCAUUUAAAUGUGAUGUAUGUGGAAGAGCAUUCCGUACAAGAGGAAUGUGGUUUGAACACAGCAGAAUUCACAAGGAUGAACGGCCUUUUCCAUGUGACAUAUGUGGGGCAGCAUUCCGGCGGUCAUAUGCAUUGAAGAACCACAAAACUGUUCAUACUGGUGAGAAAAAAUAUGUAUGCAGCCAGUGCAAUCACGCUUUUCGUGUAAAGCAAGAUAUGCAAAAGCAUAUUAACAGUUAUCACAGGAAUGAAAUAACAUUUACAGAAGCUAUAAUGUAAAAAAAAAGGCAAAGAGCAUGACAUAUUUAUCCUCCACAAAGGUAGCAGUGUGGAACACUUAUUGAGGGAGUGAACUGGGAUGUCGAGAGGGAGAGAAGAAUAUUGUAACUUGUGUUUCUUUUAAAUGUAUUGUAUGGUAUGUUUGUUAAGAAUACAUCAGCUACAAAUUUUAAAACA